GUUGAUCUGAACACAUCUCACCGUAGUAGAAAAAAAAGAAGCAAGCAAGCAAGCAGUGAUAUGAUUCGAGGACGAAAGACAAGAAGAGGAACACACAGAGAGAUUCUGAAGGAAAUUAAUGGAUAAGAUCUGAAUUUACAUCUAUACCCCGCACCAGUUCCCUCCCCAUGGCUAGACUCACCACCAGCACCUUCCCCUUCAAACCCACCUCCACCUCCACUUUCUCUCUCCUCUCCAGACUCCACAAACCACCACCACCACCACCACCACUUUCUCUCUCAUUAAAUUCCAAUAUCUUUGAACUCCGCCUCUGUUACCGUAAAUCCCCCUCCCUCAGAACCUCCAUCACCGCCCGGUACGGGGGCGGUGGCGGCGGAGGUUCGUCCCGGGAUGACUAUGGGUCGAGGCAAGAGGCCUCCGAUGAUGACGAGGACGAUGUUCUUGAUAUUUCCUCGAUCAGGUCUGCUACGGUGAGACUAAUUGAUCAGAAGCAGAAUAUGGUGGGUGUAGUAUCUAAAAAUGAGGCUAUUCAGAUGGCUGAAGAUGCUGAACUUGACCUGGUAAUAUUAUCACCAGAUGCAAAUCCCCCAGUUGUCAAAAUAAUGAAUUACAGUAAAUAUAAAUACGAACUGCAAAAGAAGAAAAGAGUGCAGCAGAAGAAAAGCACUGCUAACCGUAUGAAUUUGAAGGAGCUGAAGAUGGGUUACAACAUCGAUGUGCAUGAUUAUGCAGUGAGAUUAAAAGCUGCAAAUAAGUUUCUGAAAGAGGGCGACAAGGUCAAGGUUUUGGUGAACUUGAAGGGCCGUGAAAAUCAGUUUAGGAAGAAUGCUGUUGAGCUGCUUAAACGUUUUCAGAACGACAUUGGGGAGCUUGCAACCCAGGAGACCAUAAACUUACAAGAUAAGAAUAUGUAUAUGGUUUUGGUUCCGAAUAAAGCUGCUGCACAGAGGGCUCAAGUUCUGCAGAAGGAAAAGGAAAAAGAAGAAGCAAAAGAGGUUUCAGCUGGUGUCUGAAUGCGGUAAUCUUCCCUUUUCAAAGGUCAAAACAGUCGACAUAUAGAAUUAGUUUGCAUUCAUCUCCAAACCAGAUACUCCUCAAAAUCUUGUAAAGCAUUAGUGUACUUUAUAAACUUGUACAAUUCGCGGUUGGGUCUUGAUUUUAAAAUGUAAAAGAACAGAUUUUCAGGUCUAGAUGUCGUAGCAUCUGCCAGCCUGCUAUGGGUUCCAGUUUCUUAGAUGAACUAGAAUCUAUGUACUCAUCAACUUCUUGUCAUUAUUGGUAGAAAUCACAUUUCUUUUCGAUUUUCA